UUGGCGAGAAUGGCUGAACUGAAGGAGCAAGUCGACACGGAGAUGGCUCGCUACCGUGCUCUUCAAGACGAAGUUCAGGUGCUGGCGACGCAGCGCCAGACGUAUGCGCAGCAGGCGAACGAAAAUGAUAUGGUGAAGAAGGAGCUGGAUCUGCUGGACGACGAGGCCAAAGUCUACAAACUGGUUGGCCCCGUGCUGCUCAAGCAGGAUGCGGACGAGGCCAAGAGCAAUGUGAAUAAGCGUCUCGAAUUUAUCAAUAACGAGCUGAACAAGGUCAAUUCAAAGAUCGAAGCAAAGGAGAAGGAGGCCGUCGGUAUCCGGAACAACAUUUCCAACAUGCAGAUGGAGAUGCAGAAGCGCGCGGCGGAGGCUGCCAAGGGCGCCGUGGCGGCUCAUUAGGUCAGCAGAUAAUGGGAAAAAUACGUGCUUUUCUUUUGCUA